UUGCAACUUCAAUCGUGUCUAACUUGGGACAACUUUUUUGUGUUGAUCAAUCAAGAUAAGCAACCACAUUUUGAAUUCUCUCAGUUUCAGCAGCUGCCUACUAUUCUAGUGACACUCAGUCUUCGUCGUUGUGGAAAGAGUUGCCGACUCAGAUGGCUUAAUUACUUAAGACCAGAUAUUAAGCAUGGCGUUUUUACAUCCGAUGAAGAAAAUGUUAUUUGCGAUUUAUACAACAAAGUAGGACGCAGAUGGUCCGUGAUAGCCUCACAGCUAGAGGGGAGAACAGACAAUGAUGUUAAAAACUACUGGAACAGCAAGCUGAAAAAGAAGGUCAUGGCCACUAACUGUAAUCCCCAAAAUGCCCCUGCGGCCUCCAGCCCGGCUGUGGUUUUAGAUCAAACCACUUGUUGUUUCGCAAAUCAACCAAGUUUUGCAGAGACAAUUCCAGUCAAUGAAAAUUAUGACUUCCCAAGACCCAUUGUUGAAGAUGAAUUAAGGCCAUUUGCUUUUGGAAUGGAUGAUCAAAAUUAUGGGGUUACUGGAAUUUCAACUGAAGAUGAAGAAAAUUCAUGUGGGGUUAUGAGUGGCAUUUGGUCUCAAGAUGAUGAUGAUGUUAUUGGUAGUAAUCCAGAUUUGUUCACCAAUUUCCAAUGUUAAUUCCAAGUCACAAAGGAGCCAGUCAAAGUCAACCAAGACAAAAAUAUCUUAACAUGUGUUGUUUGGUUAUCAAUUAUGAUGUCAUGGGCAUAUGUAUGGACAGAUUGAUGUAAUGUAAGCAAAAGGAAAUUUGUCAUUUCAACUUCUAUUCAUCAGUGAUG